GUUGUCUAGGAGAGGGACGCGUAGGCGACGCCACCCCGGACCGGUCAGAUCCGGUCCCUGGAGGCGGAACAGAGAUCCCCUGAUUCAGCCACCUCCAGAGUGAGCCCCAUAGAGUGCGGUCCUACCUUCCCGCCCCGACGAAGGUCCCAGAGACGCUGCAGACAACACCAGCAUGUCGAGCGAGCAGAGCGCGCCGGGGGCCUCACCCAGGGCCCCGCGUCCGGGGACCCAGAAGUCUUCUGGCGCGGUGACCAAAAAGGGAGAGCGCGCGGCCAAAGAGAAGCCGGCGACUGUUCUGCCUCCCCUGGGAGAGGAGGAGCCCAAAAGCCCUGAGGAGUACCAGUGCUCGGGGGUCCUCGAGACCGACUUUGCCGAGCUCUGCACGCGAUGGGGCUACACGGACUUCCCCAAAGUUGUCAACCGGCCCCGCCCCCACCCGCCCUUCGUCCCCUCCGCCUCUUUGUCGGAAAAGGCCACCCUAGACGAUCCGCGGCUGUCGGGGUCCUGCAGCCUCAACAGCCUGGAGAGCAAAUACGUGUUCUUCCGGCCCACCAUCCAGGUGGAGCUGGAGCAGGAGGACAGCAAGUCGGUGAAGGAAAUCUACAUCCGCGGUUGGAAGGUUGAAGAACGGAUUCUGGGUAUCUUCUCUAAAUGUCUGCCCCCGCUCACCCAGCUACAGGCCAUCAACUUUUGGAAGGUGGGGCUGACGGAUAAGACCCUGACCACCUUCAUGGAGCUCCUGCCUCUCUGUUCAUCCACGCUCAGGAAGGUGUCUCUGGAGGGGAACCCACUGCCGGAGCAGUCCUAUCAUAAGCUCAUGGCCUUGGACAGCACGAUUGCGCACUUGUCUCUGCGGAACAAUAACAUCGACGACCGCGGGGCGAAACUCCUGGGCCAGGCACUGUCCACGCUGCACAGCUGCAACCGGACCCUCGUCUCGCUCAACCUGGGCUUCAACCACAUCGGGGACGAGGGCGCGGGCUACAUCGCGGACGGUCUCCGGCUGAACCGUUCCCUGCUCUGGCUGUCCCUGGCCCACAAUCGCAUCCAGGACAAGGGCGCCCUGAAGCUGGCUGAGGUCCUGCGCGCCUUCGAGUUGACGCACACGGAGGUGGUGGAGCGCCGGCGUCUCCUGCUGGAGAAAGGGACGCAGGAGCGCUCGCGAUCGCCCUCCUCCUCUCGACAUGGGGACUCCAAAACGGACCGUGAGAAGAGUCAGAUGGUAGGGAUCAGCAAUAGUGCAUUGGUGGACAAGACAGACAAGACACAGACAAUGAAAACCCCUAAGGGCCUGGGCAAGAAAAAGGAGAAGUCAUGGGAAUUGGCCAAGAAAGAGGAGAAGUCGGGGUCUGGGCAGUCACCCACACAAGGAACACCUAAGAAAGAAGAUGCCACAAAGGCAGGCAAGGGGAAGGUAACCAUCCCUGAGCAGAAGCCAAGCAGGGUAAAAGGGAUGAAGACCGGGAGCAGAGAGAAGCGCAGCAUCCUCCCGGAGUCCGAGCUGGUUGUUGAGGCUACUGAGGUGAUCAACCCUCUCCUGGAGCCUGUGGAGCACCGAGAUGGGAAAGUUUUCAUGCCUGGGAACAAGGUCCUUUUGCACCUCAACCUCCUCCGGAACCGCAUCACAGAGGUGGGGCUGGAGGGCUUCCUCGCCACAGUGCAGUAUCAGAUGCAGUUCUCCAAGGCCAAGAGUGUGUCCAAGGGUCCAGUGGGGCUGCUGUGGCUGUCCCUGGCUAAAAAUUGCUUCGCCCCACAAUGUCCUGCGUACGCCAUAAUCCAGGAGCUGAUGUUGCCAAGGGAUCCCAUCAAGGCCAAACUCAGGGAGGAUGAGGCCAUGGCAUUCUUCCCCUAGCCCCUCCCACCUGCUUGCCUCUGAGACUCGGGCCACAGAAGCACCUCCUGUCCCUGUGUGGGCUGACCUCCCUGGGGGAGAUCUCAGACCAAUAACAAAGUCUGUUGCUAUA